AUGGCCGCCCGUAGUUCUUCCGUCAGGUUAUCUGCUAUUUCAGGUCAAAUUGAGAACAGCCGUGUGAAAAUGACCGGCUCUACCCAAGCCCCAGACCAGUUGCCCUGGGAUCCCAACUGUGCCAGGUUUCCUUUGCGGAAAGAGCUUCCACGAUUGCCCAAUUCACCUGAAGGUGCAGCUUGGGUUUGGGGCAAAGAUGAUCAGCUGGGGAGAUUGAACCUGUUGACGCCGGAGCGUGUUAAGGCCUCGGCCAAAGAGAUUCAGACUGGAGAGAUGGUUCGACUAGAUCUUCCUCUAAACGUGCCCGAGAAGCCUGCCUUCGACCGUGAGACCUUCCAGCAUACUAUCAAGACCCUCACCCCGGGUGUCGCAUACGACGACACCUACUCAAUGAACACACAAAGUGGCACACAAUGGGAUGGAUUCCGGCAUAUCGGCCACAUCCCAACCAAGCUCUUCUACAACGGGGCCCAAAGCACCGACUUCAUAGGCGAAACCGCCAACCUCCGCUGCAGCAUCCACCACUGGGCAACCCACGGCAUCGCCGGCCGAGGCGUCCUCCUCGACUACCGCCACUACGCCCUAACUCACAACAAGCCCUACGACCCAUACACCUCACAUGCAAUUACUCUCUCCGAACUCCAAGCCUGCGCCAGAUUCCAAGGCCUCGACCUCCGCCCCGAAUCCCAAGGCGGUGAUAUCCGUGUCGGCGAUUUCCUACUAAUCCGCUCUGGCUUCGUCGAGAAAUAUUACUCGCUCAGCCCAGACGAGCGAUACGCAGCCGCAACACGGUCACACAAGAACCUCGAAUUUGCGGGCGUUGCUCGGGAGGAAGCGAUGCGUGACUGGCUACAUGAUUGCUACUUUGCGGGCGUAGCGGGCGAUUCGCCGACAUUUGAGGUAUGGCCGGUCCCGAAGCUGGAUCAUUUGCAUCAGAGUCUGUUGGCGCUUUGGGGGUGUCCGAUUGGGGAGAUGUGGGAUCUUGAGGUUUUGGCGAGGAAGUGUAGGGAGAGAGGGAGGUGGACUUUCUUCAUGACUAGUGCCCCUGCUAAUAUGCCUGGUGGUGUUGGAUCUCAUGCUAAUGCAACUGCUAUUCUGUGA